AUGCGUAAUCCUCCGGUUCUGUCUGCUCCAGAGCCGAAUGAGAAACUCUUUCUGUAUCUUGGGGUAUCCAGUAUAGCAACUAGUGCCGUUCUAAUCCGUUGCAAAGAGGGCAAGCAAUUCCCGGUGUUUUAUGUUAGCAAAACAAUGUCUGAACAGGAAAGAAAGUACUAUAGGGCCGAACGAAUGAUCUUGUCGCUGGUCAACGCAAAAAGGAAGCUUAGACAUUACUUUGAAUCUCAUCCAAUCGUCAUUUUAACAACUUUCCCUUUGAAAAUGAUCUUGCAUAAACCGGACCUAUCGGGGAGAAUGACCAAGUGGGCCAUUGAAUUGAGUUCAUUUGAUAUUGUAUACGAGCCCAGGACGGCAAUCAAAGGUCAAGUGGUGGCGGAUUUCCUACUUGAAUGUGAUGCUGAAGAUGUGGUGGAGGAUUAUAAUUAUUCCUGGUCGAUAAGACUAGAGUUCAAUGCAACCAACAAUGAGGCAGAAUACGAGGCGUUGAUAGCUGGGCUGAAGUUGGCUAAAGAACUGAAGAUCAAGAAUCUAAUUGCUUAUAGUGAUUCACAACUAGUCAUUCGACAAGUCAAUGGGGACUAUGGGGCCAAGGAUAAGACCAUGGAAGCAUACCGAACUGCGGUUCUGCGUGAGGCGAAAGGCUUUGAUCAGAUUAGGUUUAUCCAAUUGCCGAGAGAGUAUAACGAAGAUGCCGACCGCUUGGCUUGUAAUGCAUCCAGUUCUGGAGAUACUUUAGCUAGGGUUAUCCCGGUCGACAUACUGAUCCAACCUUCCAUUUUUGAAGAGCUGCCUAAUCCGACCACUCAACAUGUUAAUGUUAUACCAUAUGAGCCGAGCUGGAUUAAUCCAAUCAUGGCUUUCAUACGUAAUGGUGCACUCCCCGAGCGUAAGGACGAGGCAAGAAAAAUUAGGUCCAACGCGGCAAAGUAUGCCAUUGUGCGUGAUCAGUUGUAUAGACGCUCCUUCUCGGGUCCAUAUUUGAAGUGUGCUACCCCAGCAGAAGCUAGACAGAUUAUGCGAACCAUUCACGAAGGAGUAUGCGGAAAUCAUUCGGGAGGAAGAUUUUUAGCACCAAAGCAAUGA